CCGCCGCCGCUCCCUCCCGGCCACCGCGGGUCCACCCGCCGUCGCCUUCCUCCCACUCCGUGUCACCAAUGGCAUCCUUUCCCCCUCCCGUUGACGUCUCGACCCUCGAUCAUCUCGUGCGCGCUGCCGACAACUCAGCAACCAAUUGGUAUUCCUUCGUCGGCAGCCUCCACCGCGUCCUCGGCAGUGCUUAUGUCCUGCCGUUCCGCCUCCUGGACAUCAUGCUUGGUCUCCCAGAGGGCAAUGUUCGAACGCACCGACUUCGAUGCUGUCGGACCGCUCUUCAAGGAAUACUUCAGCAUCACGAUCGAACAUAGUGCUGGCGCUGUUGACUACACCAGCCGUCUCCUGGACCUUGCCUCCCGCCUUGAGGCUCGCCAGACUACUCUCCCCCCCAACCUUCAGAUCUACCGUCUCCUCGAAGGCCUCUCCCCUCAAUAUGAAGUGCGCGUCAUCGCCUUCACUGAGGCUCAGCCCCGCGCCUCCCUUGACACUGUGGUCCAAUGGAUCAUUGACGCUGAGGCCCGCCUUCUCUCAACCCCCCCCUCCGGCCUGAACUCCACCGCGUCCCAAAACCCCCAGCUUGCACAGUGGUGGUGGUGGAGGCAGUGGUGGCUCAUCUGGUAGCCGUGGUGGCCGCCCUGGCACUCUUCCCCCAUGUUCCUAUCUUCGCCGUUUUGGUCCCAGGGCGGGUGAGCGCUGCACCCAAACCAACCAUCCCCCCGCAACCUGCUUCAAGGCGUAUGAUGACGCCUGGUUCGAGCGCGGCAACACUGGCACCCCCCCACGCUGGUCUGCCAUGGAUCCCCGCCCCUCUCUCCAGGAUGUCAAAACUCUUCCGUCUUUCCUCCCCUCUCAUCUUCAGCUCUCCUCCUCCUCCUCCUCUGUCGCUGACCCCAUAAC